AUCGCAAGAGCGAUGAACGUAGUGUCAUGAGCAACUAAUUGAGAAUACUUUAAAUCGAAAGUGGAAGUCAAUAUAACAUAAAAGCAUUUGAAGUACGGUUCGAUAAAUGUGUAUGUGUUUAAAUCAGGAAAAUGGCAGAAAAAUGUCGGAAGGCCAACAAACCGGUUACGCUGGAGAGGAAAAACGCCCAGAAGAAGGUUGGUGAACAACCAAUGAUGACAGUCGAUAAUGUAACGAUGUCUUCAUACACUAUAAAGGACAUGCCGCCAUUAAGUGGGAUUCUGGGUGCCUCUGCGUCCGAAACCACCAUCGAUGCUGAGCGCAGCGCAACAGGGUUGGUUGAGCUGCUAGAAUUUAAUGGCUUCUUCAACUUUGGUGGAGAUAGAAACGGAAGUGGCCGUAAGAAAACCGUUAAUGGCAAGUUAUAUUACUUUUACUUUUAUUACAUAUGAUAUAGCAAUAUGUCAACGGAGGUUAGAAAGC